CCCACAACCAGAAGAAACCUUUACACGUUCAUAACCAUUCUCAUCAUCAAUGGCAGUAGUAAGCAUCAGUAACCAUCUCAUCUCAGCUCUUCUCUUGUUGCACAUUCUUCUCCUCUCUUCCCUCCCACACAACCGAGCCAACUCGGCUGUCAUCCUGAGCCGACGAGAUCUACGUGCAAACUCGACUGCUGUGAUAGCCCAAUUCCUCCGAGCCCACAACACCGUUCGAUCAGCACAUGGCCUCUCACGUCUCAAAUGGAGCCCCUCCCUCGCAAAUUAUGCCAAGUGGUAUGCCAACCGAAGAAGAGGGGACUGCACCCUAAUCCACUCAACAGCCGACUUUGGUGAGAACCUAUUCUGGGGCAGCGGCAAGAGGUGGAAGCCAGCCGAUGCGGUGGCAGCAUGGGCUGCCGAAGGAGCGCACUACGACUACCAGACAAACUCCUGCAAGUCGGGAUCCGAUUGUUUGCAUUACACGCAACUUGUAUGGAAGAGUACAAUGAAGGUGGGUUGUGCUCAGAUCGUGUGCCACAGUAGGGACACCUUCAUUGCCUGCGAGUACUAUCCUCACGGAAAUGUCAUUGGCGAAAAGCCCUACUAAAUUAACAUUCUCUCCGGAUGGGGUAGUCGCAAAUAUAUGGAGAAUUCUGAGUCUGCAA